GAAUCUUAAUAUAACAAUGUUUGUUUUCAGAUACGACUUAGGACUUUUGUAUGGGGAGAAUUUAAAUUUGUAUAAACUGUUAGUUGAUUACACUGCUUGAAAAGAGAACAAAAUGAGCGAGGAAACCGCAUUCAAAGGAUUUGCAAGACAAGGAGCUUUAAGACAGAAGGUGCAUAAAGUCAAGAGCCACGAAUUCAUACCAAGAUUUUUUAAACAACCAACAUUCUGCAGUCAUUGCACUGCUUUUGUCUGGGGUUUUGGAAAACAAGGAUACCAAUGUCAAAUUUGUCGAUUGGUUGUCCACAAACGUUGCCAUGAGUUCGUUGCAUUUGAAUGUCCUGGUGUACAAAAUGACGAAAGAACUACUUGCCACACCCAGCACAAGUUCCGAGUUGCUUCAUAUGGCUCUCCAACCUUUUGUGAUCAUUGUGGAUCACUGUUGUAUGGUCUUGUUAGACAGGGGAUGAAAUGUACAUCUUGCAAUCUGAAUUUCCACAAGCGCUGUAUUCGUAAUGUACCAGCAUUGUGUGGAAAGGAUAAUACAGAGAAACGAGGAAGGAUUCAUCUUAACUGUCAUAUUGUGGAUGGGAAGUUGGCUGUGUCCGUUCAACAGGGCAAGAACCUUGCACCUAUGGAUCCUAACGGAUUAUCCGAUCCUUAUGUGAAAGUAAAGUUAAUACCAGCGCUUAAAAAUGACUCCAAGACCUUAAAGAGGAAAACCACAAUUGUAGAGAAAAGUCUUAACCCUCAUUGGAACGAAGUUCUUGUAAUCCCACUUAAAGACGCGGACAAAGAUCGUCGGUUGUUGGUCGAGGUUUGGGAUUGGGAUCGAGCUUCUUCCAAUGAUUUUAUGGGAUCUCUAUCUUUCGGAAUAUCAGAAUUAAUGAAAAAAUCAGUUAAAGGAUGGUUUAAACUACUCAGCCAACAAGAAGGUGAAUUCUACAAUGUUCCAAUUGUUGAGGAAGGUGAAGAGAUGGAUGCUCUAACUGAAGAACUAGAGAAAAGUCGGCUAAAAAAGCAGAGAUUGGAAGAUGAGAAGAAACGAAAUGAGGAGAAGCAGAGACACGCGGUGAACAAUAAGCGACCUAUGAAGUCAUCGGUGCAAAUGGCUCCUUCAGAUUUCAACUUUCUGCACGUACUUGGUCGGGGAAGUUUUGGAAAGGUAUUACUCGCUGAACGCAAAGGAACCGAUGAGAUAUUCGCCAUCAAAGUCCUCAAGAAAGAUGUGAUUGUGCAGGAUGAUGAUGUUGAAUGUACCAUGAUCGAGAAGAAAGUCCUCGCUCUUCCUGAGAAACCUCCGUUCCUCACACAGAUCCACUCCUGCUUCCAAACCAAUGAUCGGUUGUACUUUGUAAUGGAAUACAUCAAUGGGGGAGAUCUAAUGUAUCAUAUUCAACAAGUGGGAAAAUUCAAGGAACCUCAAGCAACGUUCUAUGCUGCCGAGAUAGCACUCGGUUUGUUUUUCCUUCAUGACCGAGGCAUCGUGUACAGAGAUCUUAAACUAGACAACGUGAUGCUUGAUGCUAACGGACACAUCAAGAUCGCUGACUUCGGGAUGUGUAAAGAUGAUAUUAUAGGAGAUAGAACAACCAACACAUUCUGUGGAACACCUGAUUAUAUUGCACCUGAGAUUAUUGUGUAUGAACCUUAUGGCAAGUCAGUUGAUUGGUGGGCUUAUGGUGUCUUGCUAUAUGAGAUGUUAGCUGGACAGCCCCCCUUUGAUGGAGAAGAUGAGGAUGAAUUAUUCAACUCAAUCAUGGAGAAUUGUGUUUCUUACCCAAGGUCGAUGUCCAAGGAGGCCACUGCUAUUUGCAAGGGGUUCUUACAGAAACAUCCAUCAAAGAGACUUGGAUGUAGUGAUGAUGGGCAAAGAGCGAUCAAGGAGCACGCAUUCUUCCGGAUGUUAAACUGGGAUCGAUUAGCAGCUCGUGAAAUUCAACCUCCCUUCAAGCCAAAGAUUAACGGUGCAAAAGAUACGGGCAACUUUGACAAGACGUUUACCAAAGAAAAAGUGAAGUUGACUCCUUGCGACCGACUUCUUAUAAUGAACCUUGACCAGUGCGAGUUCGAUGGCUUCAGCUACGUCAACGAAGAUUUCAUGUACGAAUGACGUCAUAAAGAGUUGAUGACGUCAUGAAGAAUUGAUGACCUCAUAAACUUGUUGGGGGCGUGGAUGUUAAAAUGAUAACGGAAUAUCGGGGGACAGCUAAAUCGUUAGUAAUGGGAGUUAUAUAAAAUUAACCUAAUGCGUCGCGCUUACGUAAAUUAUUCGAGUGACGUCAUAAUAGUGACGUCACAGAAAUGCCGUCUAUGUAUAAACGUUCGUUUUUGAAAUUCGCGUAUGCAAAACUGACCCGCUGUUCCACAACGUUUCGUAUUAUUUCUCUGAACGUAUAUUGACCGUCGUUGUUAAAAAAGUAUCUUCUGUAAUCUAUAGUUACUCCUGGAAUUCGCAAUAACCCCCAGAGCUCAUAGUAUCCUUAUAUUAUAAUACUGUGGGGUAAGAUAGAUACCGUUCGUAUAUAAUAUGACACAUUUUCUAAUCGUGUUUUUAUCAGUUAAGAUAACGCGCUCUUUGAGAGUUGCGCGGAUACGGCUAUAUAAUUCUGUAAAUGACCUUAUUUUACCAAAUGUGACGAUAAAAGAGAAUGAAAAAAUGGAAUAUCUUACCCCAACCUAUUAUUUGUGUUUUAUAAAAAUGGUUGAUCAAAAUAUAGUCAAUUUUUAAUGCAUAGUUGGCCAUGCACUGAAACGUAACACUGUAUUCUUUUUCUCCUACUCAAUGUAAAUAAAAAUAUGUCUCAAUUUUACUUAAUUACUGCAUGUUCUCGUUGUGGCUGUGAUGUGUGUUUCGACUGUAUGCCAAUGAUGAUUAAAUACUCCCCAUCGUGAUAAAUAUAUCGGAUAUCUAUGAA